UGGGGCUCCGAGCUCAUUAAUAUUCCAAUGAGGCAAUAUGGCCGCCGCUACUCUCUCUUUAGUGGAUACAAUACUAUUCGCAGACACAGUGGAAUGGUGCAAAGACCCAAGAUAUAGGGGAAUCCUUGCCUGUGGAACUUAUCAAUUGGACGAGAAAAGCGGACAAAGACUUGGAGGAAUAGAACUAUACAAAUUACAAGAAGACAUGCAAGGGCUUGAGAAAACAGGCUCUGUGAGUGUAGCAGGUGUACUGGACAUGAGAUGGUCACCAGUCGUGGGAAAUACUACACAGUCGUUGUUGUUAAUAGCUAAUGCUGAUCAACAUGUUAGGAUGUAUUCUCUUGAUACUACCAGCACAGGACAUCAAACAAAAUUAGAAGCAACUGGAUCAGUAAAGAUACCAUCAGACAGAGACCCUGCUACUAAUAGUAUACUUUGUCUCUCAAUUGAUGUACAGCGUAGCUUAGUUGUGAUCAGUGAUUCUGCUGGUUGCAUUACUUUAAUUGAUAGUGAAUCUAUGGAUGUGAACAGACAGUGGAAAGGACACGCCUACGAAGCAUGGGUUGCAACUUUUGAUAAUUGGAAUAGUGACAUCAUAUUAUCAGGUGGAGAUGACUCCAAACUGUGUAUAUGGGAUAGAAGAGAGAGUGAACCCAUAUACACAAAGAGGUUUGAGAUGGGUGUAUGCUCCAUACAAUCUCAUCCUAAGAAAGAAAACCAAUACAUUACAGGAAGCUAUGAUGAAGUUGCAAGACUAUGGGAUCAGCGAAAACCGAGCACUCCGUUAAAAGAGUUACAUUUAGGAGGAGGAGUAUGGAGACUUAAGUGGCAUCCUUGUCUUCCCAAUGUACUAGGAUCUGCUACAAUGUAUGCAGGGUUUCACGUAUUGAAUAUAGAGACUCAAAGGAUAAUCUAUCAAUAUAAUGGAGGAAGGGAUGACGAGAGAAAAGAGAAAGAAGUGUUGUUGGGAUACGGGAUAGACUGGUUCCCAUGUUCAGAGUCUGAGUCUGAGACUAGAAAAAGCACGAUGCUAGCUUCAUGCUCAUUCUAUGAUCAUUCAUUGCAACUCUGGACCUGUGAGAUAAUCUAAUCUGACUAAUAAUGAGCUCGCAGUACAUAUUAUUAUACACAGUGACAGUCAAUCAUAUACAUUGCAAUAUUAUUUGGUCGUUAAGUUGA